AUGGCUAGCGAAAUAGAAUGUAUGCUUCCGCAUGAAAUAGCUCAGACCUUCAAAACAUACGAGCUAGAGCAGACAUACCAACAUUGUUUACGCGACACCGAUCGAAUCUACGAGGACGAACGCGCGCGUCUGCUGCGGGUGCAACUACUGCUGCUUGAAGACGAGAACGAGGAGCUUCAGGACAAACUCGACGCAGAUAUCAGCGCUAUUGAGAACCUCGAAGACACAAACGAAGACAUGCGCUCACGGUUAGCUGAGACGCAGGCCGAGUUGCAACGCGUAGAGGUUGAGCUCAAGGCACGCAGUCGCGAGAACGAGCGGUACAAGGCCGAGAUCGAUGCACAGAAUCAAGCGUCGUCCGACACCCAGAAGAUUCUGUCUGAGAAAUUGGCUUUAUCGCGAGAGCUGGCAGUACUCAAGCCAGAGUUGGAACACCUGAGGUCGCAAACGUCAAGCCAGCAGAAUGCCCUUGCCGAGAAGCUUGCUCUACAGAGAGAACUCAGCUCAGCACAGGUCGAACUCGAGAACGAAAAGCGUAUUGUGCAACGGUUGCAAAGUCAGCGAGAAGCCUCGGGCCAUGAUGAUUCUGCCCUGCACUCCGAAAUCGAUGACCUGAAGAAGGAAGUCGCCAGCAUGCGAACCCAGAUCCAGAAGAAUCAGCGAGAGAUAGUCAAGAAACAAUCCGAGUGGGAGACCCAGAAGGACGUACUCGAGUCAAAACUCGAUGCUUUCCGCACCAAACUUCGCACCACAAAAGAACAACUCAAAGAAGCACAAGAUGAGCUCGAGAAGUCACAGGCGGCGAAGAUGGCUCAGUCCGCGGAGCUCACCAAAGCACGACUUGCUGGAAAGAUGGCGCCUCCGCCUACCACUGGCCCGAUAAACCCUAGGAAGCGGAACGUUGCUCGAUUCGACCCGGAUAUGACUAUCGGCACACCCGGGCAGGGCGGAGCAGCCAAGAAGCAGCGAUCUUCUGUUAGCAUCGGCGACAAAUCUAGUUUUUCGAUGACUCCAUUCCUCAACCGCACGACCAUGAGCAUCCUACCAGAGACGCCCUCGGAGGACGUGGCUGAGUCAACAGAGAAGGACGAGUCGGAGCAAACCGUGGACGAGAGAAUGCACGAGCAGAUCCACUCCAUCAUCGAGGAAGCAGAGACCCAAGCUGCCCAGAGAAAGGCUGCAAAAGAAGCUCGCGACAAAGCCAGAGCGGCUGCAUUAGCGUCUACUGCCGCCACGAAAGCCAAGGCAUCAACAGCAGCUAAGCCAACACAACCUCUCAAGGAGUCCACAGCAACCAAAGGCAACAAAGUCGUCCAGAAGAAGCCCGCGCUCGACAAAGUCACUGAGGAAGACGUAGGAGAAGAGCCAGCCACUGCUCCACCCACCAUCAAGCCCGUCGCCGCCGCCAAAAAGGAGAAGAAGUCAGCGAACAGCGAUCGCGAGAACGAUGCGCCCUCCGACACCGAGCAGAACAAAGCAUCAGACAAGACCCACAAGCGUAAACGCCCUAAUAUUUUCGACGAAGACGACAAAGCUCUUCCAGUCGAGCCAAAGCUCAAGAAGGUUAAGACACUUAAAGUGCUAGGCAAGGCUGGAGGGAGCGGACUCGGCAAUGUCAGUCUACUGGGUGCUGGAGCUGCAGUGACUGGAGGAAAGGCGAAGAAGACAUUUGCUGAAUUUAGUCCCUUGAAGAAGGAUCGGAGAGCGGCCGUUGGAGGUGCUGGCAGUGCUGCGUAG